GAGCGGCGGGUAGCAUGGCGGCCGCCGCCAUGGCGCGGGGCGGGCUGCGGCGUAGGCCCAGCUGCCGCAUGGCCGGGGCGGCGGGCGCCGGGCUCCCGUGGCCGGGGGUCGGCGGCGGGAGGGCGGCGGCGGCGGGGGGCUGGAGCCGCCCGGCUCCCGGAGGAGAGGUGCAGUACUGCGCCGAGCUGGUGCGAAAGCGUGACUAUGAAGGGUUUCUGUGUUCUCUGCUGUUGCCUGCAGAAUCUCGAACCUCUGCUUUUGCCUUGAGAGCCUUCAAUGUGGAACUGGCUCAGAUUAAAGAUUCCAUAACUCAGAAAACUACAGGUUUGAUGCGAAUGCAGUUCUGGAGGGAGGCUGUGGAAGAUAUAUACUGCGAUAACCCACCACAUCAGCCGGUUGCUACAGAACUGUGGAGGGCUGUCAAGAGGCAUAACUUGACUAAAAUGUGGUUCAUGAAGAUCAUUGAUGAAAGAGAGAAGAAUUUGGAUGAUAGACCGUACCGCAAUAUCCAGGAGCUUGAAACGUAUGCUGAGAACACUCAGAGUGCUGUCUUGUACCUCACCUUGGAAAUGCUGGGUGUGAGAGACAUCCAUGCUGACCAUGCAGCCAGUCACAUUGGGAAAGCCCAAGGCAUAGUUACCUGUUUAAGAGCAACUCCGUAUCAUAGUACAAGACAAAAAGUCUUUCUUCCCAUGGACAUUUGUAUGUUGCAUGGAGUUUCACAAGAGGAUUUCAUAAGACGCAAGCAAGAGAAAAAUGUGAGAGAUGUAAUUUAUGACAUUGCCAGCCAGGCCCAUAUUCAUCUAGAACAUGCUAGAUCUUUCAGUAAGAAAGUUCCUGUGAAGGCAUAUCCUGCUUUUCUCUGUACGGUUGCUUUAGAUGAUUAUUUAUGUAAUAUGCAAAAAGUGGACUUCAAUAUAUUUCAUCCAGGUUUACAAAAGAAGCGAACACUAUUACCAUUGCAUUUAUAUAUUAGAUCUUGGAAAAAAACAUAUUAAAGUUUUUUUAAUAUGG